AGUUUGGUUGAGAAGUAGUUUAUACCGUUACUAGGCAGCGAUAAUAACGGCCCUCGUUAGCUGGAGAUUGAAGGAAACGAACUUUAUCUUUAAAAACUCUAAACACAGGACAAAGCGACACACACAAGAUGUGUGUAUCGUUUGUAGUAAGCGUGUUUUAACCCAGACUUCUCCACAGUAAUAUCAGUGGGUGUAGUCUAGUGAGUCUCGCCUUGAACGGUAUACUGCAGAAAAGCAUCAUGACUUCUCAGGGUGACAUUCGUGAGAAACUGAGAAAGAAACGUCGUGCUCUGCAGGAAAGUCUGUCCAAGAACAAAGAUGAAGAUGACAUCCAGGCUCUGGUUCCUUCUACCAAAAUGAGUAAGGGGAAACUACAAACCACUGCGAAGGAGCUUCAAAGCAGUGAAGAAGAUCCAGGAGAGACUCUGAAACGCACUUUCAGGGCUCAAAGAGAGAGGAAGAAAAGGCUGCUGGAGCAGUCCUCGGCUCAGGAGCCCCGUGAAGAUGAAGGUGUGGAGGAGAUUUCCACCGUUCAACACCACAGUGAAUAUGAGGAAUCAGCUGAAAAACCUGCAAUUCAAUCAAGACCUCCAACUGGUUCUCUGAGAGGUCACUCCUCUAAAUCUCUGCAUUCUCCUGGUUCUCAGCAUUUAGAGAACUCUGUGACCCGGCGCUUAGCAGAGAGACUGAAAGCAGCCAGAUCAAAAGGUGAGAGUCUUCUGGAUCAGGAGGCCGCUUUGGAGCCACCAAGUCGCCUUCAGGGACUGAGAGACAGAGACACUGUAACAAGGUUUGAUCCAGAGGUUGAUUCAGACAGAGCAGGAAGACAUGAUGACCCUAUGUCCCUUGGUGCCAAGGUCAAGUUCAGAGAAGCAGCAAGACGAACAGAAAAGGACCUCCCGACUGCAGAGGAGGCGUACAACUUCUUUACAUUCAACUUUGCGCCGGAGCCUCAAGAAAGUUCAGAGAAGGACAGCAGGAAAAAACAAAAACAGAAAAAAACAGAGGAGGGAGAGGGAGGAGGAGGAGAAGAAGAGGCAGCUGAGGAGGAGCAGGAGAAUGCUGAAAGAGCUGAAGAUAAUCAAGAAGAGAUUGAAGACCAGGGUGAAGAAGCUCCUCUUGUUCGAGAUGAAGAGGAGGAUUUGUUUGCCAUUGAACAGUCAUCCUAUGACUUCCUGGAAAUGAAGAAGGCAGAGUAUGUCGGCUACAAGAAGCUCGUUCAGAGAGAGAGCGAGAUUCUCUUCACGCCAAGUUUUCGAACAGUCCCAACCUCCAUCAAGCUGCCUGACAACAUGAAGCCUCGUUAUCUGGAGGACGAGGGUCUGUACGUCGGAGAGAGGCCUCCUGUUUCCCUCACCAACGAGAACAUUCUGGAGAACCGCAUUCUGAAGAUGGAGGAGGGAAAGAAGUGGUUCGGAGACGACGGUAGGAUCGUGGCUCUUCCUGACCCCAUAAAGGAGUCCUCUACUCGACCCCCUCUCUUCCAAAUGGAGGAGGACCUGGACCCUGCACUGCACACUGUAUACAGAAAGGCUAUAAAGUCAAAGUAUGCAAAUCUGUAUAUCAGCGGAGCGGCGGACCCUGAAGGGGACUACCAGCUGGAUGUUGAUGUCUCCGGGCUGAUCUUCUCCCAUCACCCGCUCUUCAGUCGUGAGCAUGUCCUGGGAGCUCGUCUGGCUCAGCUGUACGAUCAGUACCUCACCAGGCAACACAAUAAUCUAACAGGACACCUGACAGACAAACUGCAUGGACUGAGGAGUGCCCUGCGAAACAUGCUGAACAUCCACGAAGGGCAGAGCCUCAGUCAGGCCAUGCAGCAGAGGAUAUCUGAGUACAGUCUGGAGGUUAGGAACACUCGGCAGCUGCGGGACAGCGAGCAGGAGAAGGACAGGACUCUGCUGAAGAACAUUGUUAAAGUGUGGAAGGAGAUGAAAGCCUUGAGAGACUUUCAGAAGUACACGAACACUCCUUACAAGCUCUACCUCAGAAGAGAGAUUGUGGACCGGGCGACAGACGAACGAGAGUAUGAAGAUGAAAUCUUGGCAGAAAUUGUGGAAUUGGAGGCAGAGAGUGAGGAGGACUAUCAAAGAAAGCUGGCAGAGUACAGGAGACAGCUGGAGGAGUGGAAACUCUGGAGAAGGAAGCAGAGGGCCAAAAAGAAGAAGAGAAAAAAGAAGAAGAAAGGACAGUCACAGGACGACACAGAGGAAGAAGACGAGGACCAGGAUGUGAGCGAAUCAGAGGGACCCACUGAAGAUGGGCCCUCCAAGCCUGAGCCUCCAGACAAGCCGGAGUUUGACACGAUAGAGGUGCAGGUCAGAGAAAAGGCCUCCAGGAUCCGCAGGAAACCAGGAGAGUCCAUCCUGAUCCCCGAGCUGUCCGCCUCUGGGAACAUCACCGCCACCGAGCUCUGCCCCAGGGCUGAAAUAGCUCGUAGAGAGGAUGUAGCAAGGCGUUCUCUUUUCACCAAGAUCCUGUACAAUGACAAAGAAGUUUCCAGAACGGACAGCCGCUCCCUGAACUCUGAUUUCAGAGUGCACUUUGGACAGAUUUUCAAUCUCAAGAUCGUUAACUGUCCCCAGAGCAUCAAUCUGCAGGUGUUUGAAGCAGUUGGCUCGUCAUCCUCUCUCCUGACUCAAGUGUUCAUCCCCGUGCCUGAACCCUCAGUGCUGACGGGCAGCGCUCCUGUGGAAGAAUUUGAGUUCAGCAGCAACCAGAGAGUGAUGUUCGACCAUGAGGGUGUAGGAAGUGACGUGCCGCUCUCCUUCGAGGCUGACGGCAGUAACAGACAGACCCUGUUGACCUCGGGGAAGCUGUCCUGCUGUGUCUCUUGGGGGAUCGGGGAGGAUGACGUCCCACUUGCGCCUCCUGCGUUCCAACAGCAUGGUGGCAAACACAGUGGUUUGGACUGUUUUGAUGCCGUCACAUACAUCGGAGCCUCCGGACUCUAUGACAUGAAAAAGAUUGGAGAGUGGGCAACACAAUCCAGACUGGACCCCAACGAUCCAAAGAAUGCCUCCAUCAUGCAGCUGCUGAAGGUGGCCCGCAGCGGAGAGGUCACAGCUCCUGAAUACUUCCGUCUGGAGCAGCUGCAGGAGGAGUUUAACUUUGUGAGUGAUGAGGAGCUGGAAAGGUCCAAACGGUUUCGUCUGCUCAAGCUGAGGAACCAGGAAGUGGCAGAGUUUCGAAAUUACAAGUGUGUUCCUGCUCUGGAGAGGGAGGUCACCGAUAAGGUGUUCCAGGAUUAUGAGAUGAGACUCAAAGAAGGAGAGAUCAUUGACACUAAAGAACAUCUGGACUCACACAGAGCUUUAGUGGCCAAAUACCUGCAGAGGAUCCGUGAAUCCGUCAUCAACAGAUUUCUUCUCGCCAAGCAUCACUACCUCCUGUCUGACGUGGUGAUAGAAGAGGAGAUACCGAGCAUCGGGAUUCUGGGGCUGAACCUCUUCAAACUGGCCGAACCGAAGCGUCCGCUCAAACCUCAGAGGAAAGAGAGAAAGAAGGUGACGGCCCAGAAUCUGUCUGACGGAGACAUCAAGCUGCUGAUCAACAUCCUGCGGGCCUACGACGUCCCCGUCCGCAGGCCGCAGAGCAAUAAACCCGGACAGACGUCUCAGACUGUCAUCCAGGGCAGCGAUUGGCUCCUUAACCAGGUUCAGGUGCGUCCCUUUGUUGAGGUGUCCUUCCAGCGCACCGUUCUUCAGACGACCACGGCUGACGGUCCGAACCCCUGCUGGAACGAGGAGCUGCAGCUGCCCUUCAGCGCUCCGAAUGGUGACUACAGCGCUGCUAGCCUGCAGUCAGUCAAAGAUGAAGUCUUCAUCAAUAUAUUUGAUGAGGUCAUCUUUGAAACUGGAGUGACUGACAAAGACAAAGGGAAAUCCAUACACACCCGCGUGGAGAAGCACUGGCUCGGCUCCGUGAAGAUUCCCUUCAGCACCAUUUAUUCUCAGUCCAGGAUUGAUGGGACGUUCAGGGUGAACACUCCGGCCGUGCUGCUUGGGUACAGCAAAGAGCGUCACAGCGCCAGCAGCGGGUAUGAUAUUUUACGGAGUCUGAGCGAGGGGACGUUCAUCACUCUGUUCAUCACCAUCGAACCGCAGCUGGUGCCCGGAGAGUCCAUCAGGGAGAAGAUAAAGGAGAUGAAGUUUGACAGUCAGGAGGACGAGCGUCUGCUGCAGGCUGCAGAGAAGUUUGAGAGAGAGGUAGCACAGGGCUACCCGGACCGACCCUGCAUCACCACCAUCAUAGACCUCAACGGGAAGACGGUCUUCAUCACGCGUUACAUUAGACCGCUUAACCCCCCUCAGGAGCUCCUGGACGAAUUCCCCAACAACCCUCAGGACACCACGGCUCUGGUCGCCCGGUUCGUCUCUCUCAUCCCAUCUCUGCCCGACAGAGUUUCAUUCUCCGGUGUGUGUGACCUGUGGAGCACCUGUGAUCAAUUCCUCACCCUGCUGGCCGGAGACGAAGAAGAACACGCUGUACUGUUGUGCAACUACUUCCUGUCUAUGGGCAAGAAGGCCUGGCUCGUAAUUGGCACUGCUAUACCGGAGGGACCCACAGCCUACGUCCUGACGUACGAGCAGAGCCGCUACCUGAUCUGGAACCCGAGCGGCGGUCAGUUCUACGGACAGUACGACACCUUCUGCCCGCUGCAAACAGUCGGCUGCCUCGUCAACGCUGACAAUGUGUGGCUCAAUAUUCAAGAAUACACUUCCCCCAUGACCAUGAAUUUUGACCUCACAAAAGCUAACCUGUGGAAGCCGUUUUUCUCCCGCUCCUUCUCUCACCCCGGGCUGUCCAGCGUUCAACCCGAGGAGCUGGAGUAUCGACGCACAGACAAAGCAGCUGCAGCAGAGCUUCAGGACAGAAUCGAGAAGAUCCUGAAGGAGAAGAUCAUGGAGUGGCGUCCUCGUCACCCGACACGCUGGAACCGCUACUGCACCACCACUCUCAAACAAUUCCUCCCUAAACUGGAGAUGAGCGGGGGGCGGGACAUGACGGAGGGGCACCGCCACGAGCUGCAGAGCCUGCUGGGAGACAACAGGAUUACCGGUUUCCCUCUGAACCUGCCGUUCUCUGAGAUCCGGCCCAUCGUGGAGGCCGUGUACAGCACCGGCGUGCACAAUGUUCAUGCAUCAAAUGUGGAGUUCGCCCUGGCCGUGUAUGUGCACCCGUACCCUAAUAAUGUCCUCUCUGUGUGGGUGUACCUGGCCUCACUGGUGCGUACAUGAUGCACCGUGUAUCACUGUGCAGUGCACUUCUGCUUUUUAAUUUAUUGACCUUUACCUUUGUUUUAUUCAGGCACCGACAUGUAAGAACAUUUGGUUUUGUAUCAUCUAAUGUAAAUAAUGUAAAUGAGGAAACUUUGAUCACCAGUUUGAUAUCUUUGCAUUAAAUCCAAUCCAACAAACUU